UAAUUCGUCUGCGCGCAAGGAAGAGAGUUGUUUACAAACAGAAGAGAAAGUUGGACAUGUAGCUAACUUGAGACAAACAGUUACGAAAUAGCCUAGAAGAAUGCAUCUCCCAAGUUUUACACUCAUGGAUUUUUACUUUAACUAGCUAACAGCUCGAGACAGACUGAGACCCUGUUAUUCAAACCUUGGGCACGAAGGAGUCAACAAAGCUCCCUACUAGUCAGAAAUGGUAGCUGAGUAAGAGGAGCACGUGUGUAUGGUUGCAGGUGUGAGAACCCACCCGGGGUCAGAUGUCAGGGAGGAUGUCAGAGGAAGGGGGCAAGCUGACGCUGAGGCGUCUUGAAGGGCCAAUCAACAAGUUCACUAAAGUAGCCCUGCCGACAGACCUAGAAAGACUACAGAGACACCACAGCAAUAUACUGAAGUUCCAGCAUAGUGGACAAUGGGAUCGCCUUCAUCAGGAGCACAUCAAUGCCAGCCGCACUGUGCAGCAGUUGAGGGCUAAUGUUAGAGAGAUGGAGAAGCUGUGUGGACGUAUCCGCCCGGAGGACGGCCCCGCCCUGGAGAGGCUGGUUCAGCCAAUCAGAGACCGAGCAUCUGCUGCCACGCAAGACUUCCUACUCCUGCAUUCUAACCCCGCCCCUCUGCCACAGGCACCACGCCCCCCAGACCACUCAUCCUCAGGUGGUUCCCAUGGUGAUGAUGUGGGCAGGGAGCCCCCUCCUGUCAAUCAAACGCAGCUCCUCCUCCCAGUGAUCCCCCUCAACGAGAGUGCUGCUGAGUCCUGGGACACCCUGGAGGAGGACCUGAAGGAGCUUAGCGGUUUGGUGACAGAGUUCUCUCUGCUGGUCCAUUCCCAGCAGGAGAAGAUUGACAGCAUAGAGGAGAACGUCAACACAGCAGCAGCCAACGUGGAGGAGGGGACCAGGAGCCUCGGGAAGGCGGUGGGCUACAGGCUGGCAGUGUUACCCGUGGCGGGGGCAGUGUUAGGGGGGGUGUUGGGUGGGCCGCUGGGCCUACUGGUGGGGUUCAAGGCAGCGGGGGUGGCAGCAGCGCUUGGAGGGGGGGCUCUGGGGUUUGCAGGGGGGAACCUGGUCCAGAAGAAACGCAGAGCUAGAGUAGAGUCCCAGAUGAACCAGCUCACUGCACCCCCUACGGAACCAGAACCACCGCUGGACAAGUGACCUCUGAUUGGUCGUGAAGGGACCUCUGACCUCCAGAAGCUUACACUGGUCCAGGUACUGCCUGACUACAUUGCAGACGCAUGCUAGAGCUUACAUAUACAGUGGGGCAAAAAAGUAUUUAGUCAGCCACCAAUUGUGCAAGUUCUCCCACUUAAAAAGAUAGGUACACUUCAACUAUGACAGACAAAAU